ACUUCCUGCCCUCUGGUCCUCUCCCUGUCCUCCCUCUCCCGGAGUCCCGUAGCAAACAAGCGGGGGCCGAGGGCAGACGGACAGUUCUGGAGAAAACAAGCAGCAGUUUUAAGAGCUAGAGAGAAGGCGGUGCUUAAAACUCAACAGCAGGGACGUCUUAAGAAGUUGGGGAAAGGCGACAGGUGGAGAAUGUGUAGUGAGGUCAGGGUACAAGGAAGGCGUAGGGUGCAAGGGAAAGGACUCUGUCCUCGGGGGAUCUGUCUUCCUCUGUCUCCUCUCUCAGUGGCCCAGGACAACAGUGACAGGGUGCUGAGGGGUGCUGAGUGCACGCCGCACCCCCAGCCAUGGCAGGUGGCCCUCUUCGAGCAUGGACGCUUUAACCGCGGUGGUUCCCUCAUCUCCCCGCGCCGGGCGCCCUCUGCGGCCCGUUGCCAAACGCGGUAUGAAGGCUUAGGGUCCCGAGGGGCCGUGGCGGGAGCGUCUGGGCACCUGAGAAUCACGGAUUGGGAGGAAAAGAGCUGGAGCCUGAGGACUGAGUUCCAGGUCCCGCUGUCCACGCGCUGCCCCCAGCCCAGCGAGGCCCGUGGGGUGUCUGGCUGGGGCUUGGUGUCUGACAACAAGCGCGGGGCCACAGGGAGCCCAGCGUCACAAGGUGCGUGGAAACAUGGAACUGGGUGUCAGGCCUCGAGGGGUGACUUCGGGGGACCCCUGGUCUGUGGGGAUGUCCUGCAGGGCAUUGUGUCCUGGGGUGACGCAACCACCAAGCCCACUGUCUAUACCAAAGUCUGCAGCUACUUGGAGUGGAUCAAGGAAACCAUAAAGAGGAACUGA